CUGCCCCCGUCCCGCCGGAAGUCCCGCCCCACGGAAGUGAGCCUCGCCCACGGGCGGGAAACCAGUUAGGCGACGGGCUAAGUGGCAGCGGGCCUCGCCUAGAGGGUAAAGGCCUACUCCUCGGGUCAGGAGCUUUUGGGCCCUGCCUUCUGCUUUUCCUCAGAUCCUGCUUGCGCCCUCCCUGGCCGGGUCCACCCCCACGGGUCCUUUCGUAUGCCCGCCACGUGAGAGGUCGGCGGAGGGCCUUCCAGAACAGUGCCCCCAGCCGCAGAUGAAAUAUAAAGAAAAAGAAUAUAAGCAAAUAUGGAAAGUGAGGACACGAAGAAAACACAAGAAAUGAAGACUGACCUGAAUUUAUUAUUGGAGUGUAUAAAGCAUCAAAUGGACAACCCUGUUUCACAAAAGGAAGCCUUGGUCUCUAUUCAUUCAAUUUGUCAACAAAACAGUAACGCAGGUGUUUAUUUUCGGGAAAUUGGUGGUUUGGUAUUUGUGAAAAAUCUUGCAAAGUCAAGUGAACAUAGUACAGUAAAAGCAGCAGCCUUAUAUACAUUAGGAGCUAUUGCUGAAAAAAAUGUUUACUGUCAGCAGACUUUGUGUACUUCAGAAUUGUUUGAAGACUUAACUUGGUUCUUAUCUAAUAAUGAUUCAAGCACAAAUUUGAAAAGAAUGUCUGUUUAUGUUAUUUUGGUUCUGGUUUCAAACAAUAGACCUGGACAAACUCUCGUGAGAGAAACAGAUUGUAUUACUGUUCUGUCACAAUUGUUCAAGAAAAUUCUUUCAAAAUAUGAGUUGGAUUUGUCAGAUGAAAAUAUUUUCCAGAAUUACCAGUUGUGGGCUUCAGUAUGUAGUACUCUGUGUGUCUGUGUUAACAAUCCUCAAAAUGAUGAGAAUCAAAGGUUUUGUUGUUCACUGUUUUCACAUGCUAAUGAUUGGCUAAUAAACUGCAUGAAACCUGAGAUAAUUCGCCCUAUUUGCGCAUUCAUUGGCCUCACUCUUGCAAAUAACACAUAUGUUCAGAAAUACUUUGUAUCUGUGGGUGGACUGGAUGUAUUGUCUCAAGUUCUUGUGCGACUGGAAUCUGAUUCACAUGAGACUGCUUCCUGUGCUAACCUUGCAGUGGUGGUGACAAAAACAUUGGAUGCAUGUAUUGCUGACAAUCCUACUUUUGGGAUAGUAUUAUCCAAGUACCACAUUGUUUCGAAACUUCUCGCAUUACUGCUUCAUGAAAGUCUGGAUUCAGAAGAAAAAUGUAGCAUCAUACUUACUCUUGGUUAUUGCACAGAGGAUUGUGAGGAAAAUCAGUAUGACCUUUUAAAAAACAAUGGGCUUCCACUCAUAAUGCGAGCCUUAAAUGAAUCUCAAAAUGAGGAACUAAACAGAGCUGCUACUUUUGUGCUUUAUAACUGCAAAAAACUUACUGAGAAAUUAUCUCUAAGUUUAGGAGACUAUUCUUUUGAUGAAAGUGAAGCAGAACAAUUAAAGAAUACAGAUGUGAAAGAGAAGAAUAUUGAACCCUACUGGAAGAGAGCAAAGGAAAUUCUUCAGAAACUAGAACACCUUGAAAAAAGAAACAAUGAGGAAAAAAUACAAAGAGAAAAAUAUAAGGAUAAUAUGAACAUAAGUGUUCAGAAUACAUUGAAACAUCUCCAUGUGGAUAGUGUUGGUGGAAGAACCAAAGCAGAAGAUAAGAAUAAAAGUCAGUCCAGAGAACUUCAGAGUUGCAUGCCCCAUGGAGUCAUCUCUAAAGCACAUGGAAAUGAUGAUCAAAUGAAGACCCUGGUAACGAGUACAAAUCCAGUUAAUGCUUGUUACAGGGAGAGUGGGCAAAAUCAGACUUUACAUAAAGCCAAUUCAUGCUGCAAUCAAACCUUACCUGAAGAAACAGCUUUCAAAAAAAAGAGUUUUGUCUCUCAAUCAAGUGACCAAGUUUUUAAGCAUCCAGCUCACAUUAUCAAAAAUAGGAAGCAGCCGUUAACAGUUACAGAUCCAUUUACAUUAUGUUCAGAUAUAAUAAAUAAAGAAGUCAUCAGUUUUCUAGAAACUGACAGUUCUUCUAAAACGUUGAAAUAUAGGUGCUCAGGCCACAAGCGGAGAGAUGGAUCAGAAGAGAAGAGGAGCAGUGGAGACAGGAACCAGUGCCCAUAUGGGAUGCCGGCACUCCAGGUAGAGGCUUAGCCUACUAUGCAACAGCACCAGCCCUUAAAAUUUCUAAAAAAUUUAUUUAUAUGAGAGAUAAGGAGAAAGACAAAGACACCCCCCCAUCUGCUGAUUCACAACCCAAAUGUCCACAGUGCCCAGGGAGGGUCUAGGCCAAAGUCAGUUGCUGGGAACUCAAUCGAAGUGUUCCACGUGGGUGAUAGGAACCCAGUUAUCUGAACCAUCAUCGUUGCCUUCCAGGACGUGCAUUAGCAGGAAGCUGGAGCCAGGAGCCAGAGCCACUAGGCUAGAUGCCUGUACUGACUUCUUUUCUUAAUGUGUGCUUUUUAUCCUGUUACCAUGCUAAGGAAUGCUAAAUGUCUCCCUCUAAGUCACUGAAACAAACUUUCUGCCAAACUUUCAAAACCUUAUGAAAUUUUGUUUUGCUUUUACUAAUUGGAUAUACUGCACAUCUGCUCUCUUUAAGUUUGUCAAAAAUGUGGUAUGCUCAUUCUAAACUUUGCCAUUCGGUUACCAAAUUACUUGAGAAUCAGCCUAAAGUUUUCUAUUAGCUCACUAGCUCAUUAUUAUUAAAUCCUGCCAAUUUUACCUCAGAAAUCUCUCCAUUCUCCCUUAAAAUACUUUAUUUUAGAAUCUCAUUUGUUUUUUGGAUUAUUGAAGCCAACCUAUGAACUGAUCUCUUGCCUUCCACUGGCCUUUCUACAAAGACAAAUGAAAUCAUGUUAGUAGUUCUCCAUUGCCUUGAAAGGAGUUAAAAAUUCCUUAACAUGGCUUCUUGGUAUGUCUCACUGCAACCCUUCCCAGCCUUAACUUUUCUCCCACACUCCUCUUUAUGCCUUGUACUGUGGCCGAUACCAGAGUACUUUUGAUUUGAUGAUCACACUAUGUUUUUUCACAUUUUAUGCUUUUGCACAUGUUUAUUAUACCCCAAAUAUUUUCACCCUCAUCAACUAUUUGCCUGACUAAAUUCUCCUGGUCCUUUAGGAAUGAGCCACUAAUAUAAUUGGGUAAGAUGCUGACAGAGCACUUUUCCCCAUAUACUUAAAAGGUGGGGGUUAGGGAGAGAGUGUGAAGGAUUGAGAGUGAUUCAUCUGGUUCACUUGUUCUUCAAAUGCCUAAAACAGCCAAGGCUGGGCCAGACAGAAGCUAAGACCCUAAAACUCCCAUGUGAUGGCAGGGGUCCAAGAACAUGAAUCAUCAUCUGCUACCUCCCAGGAUUAAUUAGCAAGAAGCUGGAUGGGAAGCAGGGUAGCCAGGACUCAAAUUAGCACUUCCACAUGAGAUGUGGAGAUCGGGAGAGGCACCUUACCCUGCUGUGCCACAUGUCUUUCCCUGAAGGGGAACUUUAUAAUGAAUGGUACUGUUGACAUUAUCCGAGCCUAUUGUCUGUCUUAACAUGUAUAGAGAGAUUUUGUUUCUUUGAAUAUACUGCAGUUUGAAGCACAUAAUAAUACAUAUGAGGAGUUCUAGCAAAUACGCUUCAACCCGAAUCUGAUCAGUAAUCCACAAGUAGAUCUAAUUACUAGGGUACCCAAGAACAUUUUAAAUGAUACAGUCAGCAAAACCCAGCAUUUGGGAAAUUGUAAUUAAAAUGGCCUAAUGUCUUCAAAAAAUAAAUAGCAAGGAGGUAAUAGAAGAAAGGUGAUAAAUUAAAAGCAACUCAGGAGACAUAUGCGCCAAAUUUAACAAUGGACCUUGUUUGAAGUGUGAUUCAAGCAACCAAGAAUAAGUUUUUGAAAUUAAAGGGAAAUUUGAAAGCUAGACAUUAGAUAUAUUAAGUAUGGCUUUUUUAGCUGUAUAAUGGUUUUGAGUGAUAUUUCUUUUUCAGUCCUAAUAUAUGAAGUAUUUACAGAUGAAAUGAUACUUUAAAUUUUAGGCAUGAUAAUUUAAUCCCAUAUUGAUGGGGACAAAACAGAGUAGGUGGGAGUGUAGAUAAGAUACAACUAGUUAUUACUGGGGCUGGCGCUGUGAUAUAGUCUGUAAAGC